AUGUCGAUUUUUGGCAAAAAGACGUGGCGUGUGCAAGAUAUCAUACGCACAGAUGGGGCGCAGGAAAUUGUGAGCAUCCUGAAGAUCACACAUCCAUUCCGUAGACAGCGCAUUGUUGUUGUACCUGCCCCCCGCUUUGCACAGGAGUCGUACUACAACGACUGGGUGUAUCAGCCGUACGCAAAGGAACAUCGCAUGUACGUUAGCAAUGACAUAUUUAAUCCUACUUACGUUUAUCUUGCCCGCAUUCUUAUCCGUCGAGGUGUCUUUCCUGGCUACGCGUACUUCCAUCCUAUGGGAUUUCCGGACUGCAUCGACCUCAACCUCACCCGGCGUGAGUUUAUCGCACGUGAGCAGCCACUGAAGACACCCACGCCAUUGAUACUACUAACACCGAAUAUGUUUCGCUACAAGCGGCACCCAUGGAUCCCUCGCAGAGUCAUCAACAUUGUCGGUGAGCAAUAUGUCACCCAUCCACGGGAGGAGCAUCAGUCCAUGUUGUUUGUGCUUCCACCGGAGUAUAUUCCAGAUGCAGUCAAUACGCUGCAGAGCCUUGGGUUUCAGGUCACCGACCACACAACCGCCGUUGCAGGUGAGGCGAAAACGCUAAAGAAGUUGCAUCACUGGAGUGACAUCGCACAACUGGUUGUUUUGGGCUACCUGUGGUUCAUGGUUGCACUCUUUUUCUUGAAUGAGUCACAGCGGAUGCGGAGGAUGUUUCAUGAAUACAAGCGGGAAAUGGUGGAGAAGGCAGGCAAGGACCCUGAUGAAAUGGGCCUGUAG